UAUGAGGAAGCUCGAAGUGGGCUAAUGAGUGAAGAGAGAAAAGGAGGUUGCGCGAGCCUUGGGAAGGAAAAGAAACACCCUACAUCUUGUCCUUAGCCUCGGUUUGCUGUUUUAUUUUUCUUUUUACGUCCGUAUCGUUUGGACAGCUUGGUGGGAUUUCUUUCGGAAAGAAGAGGAAGAGUAAAAUUUGAUUAUUUUACGGGAAAGAUAAAUCAGUUCGUCGCCUCAGAUUUCAAGCAUCCGGGAAAGCUCGCGCGCUCAACCGAAAUAUUAGGCUAGGCUAAGCUAAGCUAAAAUAAGCUAAGCUAAUUGUUCGUCUCGUAAUUUUUUUUCCUUCGUAAAAACGUUUGUUCGUGAAAUUAGUGAAACUGUAAUAGAUAUACUAAAAAAAAUAAAAAUAAUAAAAAUAAAAAACCCACACAAGUCGACCGUUUGUAGGAUUAUCGUCGGUACAAGUCGUCUCGUGCGCACGGAUUUUUUUUUAAAGGCUCUGAUUUGUGUGUAUUUAAACCUAAAUCGUUCUUGCUGCAGUCUCUGCUCUGCGAAUUAACCAGCCUGUUUGAUCACUUCCUGAGAAAAGACCAGUGUUUAGUUUAUAAAAUGGCCGGAGUGAACAGUGUAGAAGCUGUGAAGCGCAAGAUUAAAGUUCUGCAGCAACAGGCGGAUGAAGCCGAGGAGAGAGCCGAGGUCCUGCAGAGACAAGUCGAGGAGGAAAAACGCUGCAGGGAGCAGGCUGAGGCGGACGUUGCUUCUCUGAACAGGCGCAUCCAGCUGGUCGAAGAGGAGCUGGAUCGAGCUCAGGAGAGACUCGCCACAGCUUUGCAGAAACUGGAGGAGGCAGAAAAGGCUGCAGACGAGAGUGAGAGGGGCAUGAAGGUGAUUGAGAACAGGGCCCUAAAGGAUGAGGAGAAGAUGGAGCUGCAGGAGGUCCAGCUGAAGGAGGCCAAGCACAUUGCUGAGGAAGCCGACCGCAAAUACGAGGAGGUGGCUCGUAAGCUGGUUAUUAUCGAGGGUGACUUGGAGCGCACAGAGGAGCGAGCAGAAGUUGCCGAGGCCAAAUGUGCGGAAUUGGAGGAGGAGCUGAGAAAUGUCACCAAUACCUUAAAGUCCUUGGAGGCCCAAGCUGAGAAGUAUUCCCAGAAAGAGGACAAGUACGAGGAAGAGAUCAAGAUUCUCACGGAUAAGCUGAAGGAGGCUGAGACCCGUGCAGAGUUUGCUGAAAGAUCAGUGACCAAACUUGAGAGGACGAUUGAUGAUUUGGAAGAGAGGCUCGCCACCGCUAAAGAGGAGAACAUAAAGAUCCACGCCACGCUGGAUGCCACUCUGCAGGAUCUCAACAGCUUCUAAAAGUCUGCACCUCCCUCUCUCUCGUCUGUUCCCUUCACCCCACCUUUCUAUCCAUUUUACCCCCUUCAAUUAUUGCUGGGUGGCUGAACAAGGGCAAGUUUUUUUUUUUUGGGUGUAGGUAGCACUUUAGUGUCGUUCCUCACUUUCCAGCUUCAGCCCCUAGUAUUUGCCUGGCUUCCCUUAAUUUUUUUUUUUUUGGUCCUGUAUCUAGUGCUUUUUCUUUUUUCCCCCCUCCAUAUACUCUCCUGUUUACUUUCAACGUGACUGCAUAUAAGGCACCAAUGUGUUUGAAGUCGAAAUAGUCCUGAUUUUGAUUCAUUCCUGUAAUUGUGCGAUUGGGUAAUAAGAUGGCUCUUUCAUAUUUGUGUUCUGGUUUACUAGUUCCACAGUGCAAUAUUAACACAAUAUGGUAUAAAGAAAUGGAAAGGUCUCAGUGCAAAAUAUGACUGACUCCAUGCAACUUUUUUUUUUUUUGGGUAAUUGAACUUUUUUCCUGCCUCGUUCAUUUUAACACGAGCACUAUUCAUUAUAAUCAUUUUACUGUGCCAAUACCGAGCAUUUUGCUUGGAAAAGAGACCAUUUAAUAAUGCUACGCGUCAGUCAAAUUUGUUUCCGCUUCUUUUUCUGCAAACACGACUGGCUCCAAACGGUUUUCAUUCAACCUUUCCAUUUCUUUAAGGUUUAGGUGUAGAGCAACACACACAGGGCGUCACAUUUAGCGUUCGGUCUGAGGUGACAAAUGUAGUUAAACCAGCCUUCGUCUUUGAGGCAAAGGCUUGUUCGUCUUUUUCCUCUUAAGGUCAUGAUCGAGUUCUGGGCAGAGGGACGGGGUGUCACAUUUUCCACUGCCAAAAUCAAGGUGAAAGGGUCAGUCGAGAGCAAGAGGGUGAAUAGUUCAAGGUAUUAUCGCCUUUUCAGUGUACUUGUCUAUUGUGUACACUAGGAGAGAAUCAAGUACUUCAAAGCACCAAGAACCUUUUUAACUGGAAUUGCAAAGUUCAAGAUGUAAACAUUUUGCUAUCAGUGUUUCAUUGUAAUAAUGACACAAGAUCAAAAUUUGUUUUUUUUUUAAUAAAGUACUAUAACACUU